AUGCUGGUGACGAACCAGCGGUGCGAGAUGGACUCAAUUCUUUUUGGCGCCGUGCUGGCAGUCUGCCGUAUCAUAGGCGCCAAGGUUUCCACGGCUGGACGCGCUACUGGCCAAAGUAGCGCUAUCCCAGCAUGGAGAAGAAGAAUUGAGGAACGUAUCGCAAAGGCUAGAGCUCUCAUCGGCAGACUGAUAUGCUUCAGAUCAGGCAAUAACAGGCCAAGAAUUGUGCGCACCGUCAGGAUGGCGUUUGCUGGAACAAAUGUCAGUUUGUCCCAGCCGGAUAUAACGCAAAAAUUGACGGAGCGCAUAGAUGAUCUGAAGCAGAGAAUCGCUGCUUGGGGAAAGCGGAUUCGGCAAUAUACCGAGAGGUCGACACAGUUCAACCAGAAUCGUCUCUUCCAGAGUGAUCAGAAGAGGCUCUAUGAAUCAUUGGAGCGACCAAUGGUAAGUGGAACGGGCCCAGCACCGAAUCAGGCUGACACUGUUGCAUUCUGGCGCGGCCUGUGGUCAGAGCCCGUAAAACAAAGCGAGGGCCCUUGGACGGAAGUUGUGGCGAGUCAGUGUGCGAGUAUAACGCCCAUGGACCCCGUCAUUAUAAUACCGGAUGACGUAGCUGAGGCGGUCCGUCGGGCCCCGAACUGGAAAAGUCCCGGACUCGACGGGCUGCAUCACUACUGGCUGAAAGGGUUCGUGUGGUCUAAUUAUUUAUUUAUUACAAUGGGGACAAGAAGUUUAUCAAAAAAAGAACUAGAAGAGCUUCGUAAAAAAGAAGAAGAGGAAGCCGCAGCUCAUGUAUUCAAAGAAUUUGUGGAGACCUUUCAAGAAGUACCCAGUACCACUUCUAAGGUAUGGGUGAAAGCAGGCACAUACGAUGCUGGCGCAAGAAAGGAAGAUACAUCGGAACGUGGCAAAUUGUACAAGCCAGUGUCACGGCUUGAUGACAAACGUGGCAAUGAGGUAGAGAUUUUGCGUAACUUAGCGCAAAUUACACCAAGACUAGAACCCUCCUCAAGGCAAAGAGCAAAACUUAAUAAAGAUAAGAAGAAAAGUAAUCUUGAACUUUUCAAGGAGGAGUUAAGACAAAUUCAAGAGGAGAGAUCGGAGCGACACAAGUAUAAAAAUGUUCUACGCGAGCGCGGCGUUGUGGGUGCUGAGCCUGUAUUGGACACGAUGCCAGAUGUCGGCUCUUACGACACCGGCGAUCCUAACACUACAAACCUGUAUCUUGGCAAUCUUAACCCAAAGAUAACAGAGCAACAGCUGAUGGAAAUCUUCGGGAGGUAUGGUCCAUUGGCCAGUAUCAAGAUAAUGUGGCCGCGCUCGGACGAGGAGAAGGCAAGAGGCCGCAACUGUGGCUUCGUCGCAUUCAUGUCGCGCAAGGACGGCGAACGCGCGCUGCGCUCUAUCAAUGGCAAGGAGAUAAUGAACUACGAGAUGAAGCUGGGCUGGGGCAAGGCGGUAGUGAUCCCGCCGGUGCCCAUCUAUAUCCCGCCAGCGCUGCAACAGCCCAGCAAGCCGCCGCCGCCCUCCGGCCUGCCUUUCAACGCACAGCCUCCAAAGCACCUCGCCUCUAAGAUACCGAGAGUACACCCUGGUGAACACUACCCAAGCGAUCCAGAGGAUCGGAAGACGUAUGAACAGAUAUUGUCGCAGUCCAUUAUUAAAGUUGUCGUACCCACGGAAAGAAACAUCCUCAUGUUGAUCCACCGGAUGGUCGAAUUUGUGAUUCGAGAGGGUCCUAUGUUCGAAGCCAUCAUAAUGAACAAGGAGAUAAACAAUCCAUUCUUCCGUUUCCUGUUCGAGAACCAGUCGCCCGCCCACAUAUACUACCGGUGGAAGUUAUACUCCAUGCUACAGGGAGACUCGCCUAAGCAAUGGUCGCUCAAUGAUUUUAGAAUGUUUGAAGGCGGCUCAGUGUGGCGGCCACCGGUGAUGAACCUGUACACAGCAGGCAUGCCCGACGAGCUCGUAGAGGAAGACGACGCUAAAGAGAAUAUUAGAGGCACCCUUUCUAACAGCCAGCGGGACCGUUUGGAGGAGAUAAUUCGCGCGCUGACGCCAGCGCGCAGCAGCGUGGGCGAGGCGAUGGCGUGGUGCCUGGAGCACGCGGAGGCGGCCGGCGAGGUGGCGCAGUGCCUGAGCGAGGCGCUAGCCGGCGAGAGCACCGCGCCCGCGCGUCGCGUGGCGCGCCUCUACCUGCUGUCCGACAUCCUGCACAACGCACAGGCCAAGCUCACCAAUGCUAGCGCCUACCGCAACGCGUUUCAGCAGCGGCUGGCGGACAUCAUGCGGCACGCGCACGCGGCCUGGGCGCGCAUGAGCUCGCGGCUGCAGCAGGAGGGCUUCCGCGCGCGCGUCACGCGCAUCCUGCAGGCCUGGGCCGACUGGGCCGUCUAUCCCACCGACUUCUUGCUGCACAUCAACGACAUCUUCCUUGGACAGGACAAGGAGGAGAGCGGGGCGGGUGUGGGUGGUGGCGAGGGUGCGGAGGCGGCGGAAGGGUCCUGCGGCGAGGUGGGCGAGGCGGCCGAGGGCGCCGAGGGGGCGGAGGGCGCGCGCUCGCCCGAGUCCUCCGGCUCGUGGGAGGGCGCGCUGGACGGCGCCGCGCUGCGCCGCCUGGCCGCCGCCAGGCACACCAGCGACGACAUCGACGGCGUGCCGGUGGAGGAGGACAUCGACGGCAUACCGCUGGAGGCGGAGGCGGAUGUGGAGGCGGAAGCGGAGGCAGAGGAGGGGCGGGGCGCGAGCGAGCGCGUGGUGGCCGGCUUCGUGCCGUCGCGCUGGGAGAGCGUGGAGCCGGCCGCCGAGGCGGACGUAGACGAGGAGCCGCCGCCCCCGCCGCCGCCGCCCGCCGCUGCGCUCACGCCCACGCACAACGAAAGCGCGGAGUCUCCUCGCGGCGAGGAGCCGGCGCUGUCGCGCGCGGUGCUGCGCGACAUCGAGGUGCGCGUGCUGCGCUACGCGGACGAGCUGGAGGCGGGCGCGCGCGCACGCAAGCCCGCGCUCACUGCGCAGCAGCAGAUACACCACUACCGUCGCAAGCUCAUCAAGAAGGCAGCUAAGGAAGCGAAGGAGGCGGCCGCACUGGAGGAGGCGCGCGAGUCGCCCGAGCCGCGCCGCCGCUCGCCCGCCGACGACGACGCGUACUCGAUAUCAUCUAAGAAGUCAAAGAAGUCCAGGGAGCCAUCGCUGUCGCCGCCACCAAAACGCUCUCGUCACAUCGAUAGAAAAUCACGGUCCCGGUCUCGCUCGCGUGAAAGAGAAAGAGAACGCGAUCGGUCCCGUGAGCGUGAGCGAGAACGAGAACGAGAACGUGAAAGGGAAAGAGAAAGGGAAAGGGAGCGGGAGAGAGAAAGAGAGCGCGAGAGAGACAGACGGCGUCGCUCGCCAGCCACACCUCCCGGCCACCAUCACAGAAAACACAGCAAACACGCCAAAUAUAAGUACUGA